AUGCGAACACAGGCCAAGUGCAUCGGCGGCACCGGCGGCUGCAAGCGCUGCGUCGCGAGGAACCGCAGGUGCGAAUACUCGCCCGUCUCAGUCCGGUCCCGUCGCGGCUCCAGCAUCGGCGCAGAGGCCGGACUAGUCGCCGAGUCUGCUGCCUCGGCUGCCCCGGGACGGCAUCCAGGCGGUGCCCGUCGGCGGCGGGCAUCAUCCCAGUCGUCGGCGUCGUCGCUGGCCUCGCCAUCCUCGCAAUGUCGCGCAGCAAGGGCGCGUCUGAGCCCCGCCCGCGAACGACGCCAAGACUCCAUCAUGGGGCUAAACGAAGGCCCUUUGUCGCCCUCCAACAGUUCGCCCGUGGACCUCGCCGGCCACGUAGCAUUCCCGGAUCUGGACCUGGGCGACUUCAUCAGCACCACGCCCAGCCCCGCCCACAUGGCCGUCGACGACUUUGGCGAGGGCCUCGCGGUAGUCACAGGCGCGGCGGCCGCAAAGGGCGGUACCGCUGUGCCCUCCAUGUCCGCAGGCAACAUGCCGUUUACGUUCGCGCUUGACAACCUUGGCUUCUCCAGGAUCAGCGGCGCUGAAGACUUUGCCAGUCCUGCGCAGAGGAGCAGUGACGGAGAGGCACUGGCUCGCCCAGCGGCGUCGACAAGCGCUAAGUCCAGCUCUGUCUACACGUCCUGCUGCUCCUGCAUCUUCACCGCCAUGUCUCUCCACGAGGCCGUCCAGAUCGACCUUGUCUGGAACGACCUGCCUCCAGAUCCAUCGGCGGCGACUCGGCCGCUCGGGGAACCUUCAUGCGAGUUGUCCUCGGCUGCGACGUUCCCCUUGUCCCCCUCCUUCCAGCCACUUAUAACUCAGCAAACUAUACUCCAUCGGCAAAAGACGGUUCUGGCUAGACUAGACUCGCUGCUCUGGUGCGGUCCCUGCUGGUCGCGCUCCAACUUUGUCAUUCUGAUUAUCACUAUGUCGGAGCGCAUCCUGGGCAGCCUCGAGUCGGUCGAGCGCGUGGUGCGCAGGAAGCACGAGCACGGCGGCGGCGGGGGCGGCACCCAGACGGCGACGGCCGACCCUGCGAACCCGUGGCUGGCGGGCAAGACAGGCGCCCUGACGCCGCCCCCGAGCGCGGGGGGCUGGCAGAUCGACGAUGACGACGAGCAGCGGCUGGUCGUCAGCCUGCUGAGGUCGCGCAUGGCGAGGCUGGGCAGCACCAUCGCCAUGGCGGAGGGCGCCGUGAGCGCCAACGCGUGGUCCUCCCACGACAGGAUGGUGCAGGCGCUGCGCAAGAGGUUCAACUCGCUGCUCUUCUCGCUCUCCUUCUCCGACCUGUCAUGA